GGAGACCUUUCAGAACAUCUCCACCUCAACAAGAGACCCGAAAAGGAAAUAUUCUUAUUGAUUUUUAGAAAGAAAGUUUUUUGGAACACUUGGGUGUCAUUCUAUUAUUGCUGUCCACCAGUUCUGGGCUGAGGAAUAUAAAGCCUCAACCUUUGGUGCUGGAAAGCGAUUUGGGAAGUCUCUCUCUUGGGUUUAUAGAUUUGCUUAACUCAAGGUUGUGGAUGGAAUUGGACCAUUAGUCGGUUUCAUAUGCCAGUCUGAGUUCAGCUUCUGUGAAUCCCACUACAAUGACAUCACCGUUUUAAUCAAGGGUUUUCAGUGAGAGGAUCAUAGCUCCUCGGUCAUGGAUGUUCCAUAUGACACAACACCAAGCAAUGGUGAAGUAGCCAAUAACGGCCUUCAGAUAAUUAGAUACUCUCCUUAUCAGUACUACCAGCACAAUAGUAAAUUAUCAUCAUCCUGGUUUGAUCUGAGAGUCUUCUAUGUAAGGAUCAGCAACUUUAAGGUGGAUGAAUCUACCCCCAAGUUUCUGACCCUCAACCAUAUUCCUCUAUGCCCGGAUACCCUUUUGGAAGUAAAUGGUGCGAGAACUAGCAUGUACUCUGAUGGUGUAUCUUCACAUCUUAGAAGAGAUCGGGUGGACAAGAAAUCCGAAGAAGUCACAUUUGUGAAUACAGACAGCAUAAGGUUCACAGGGAGUGUGAAAUUUGAGGUGUUUGAUAAAGAUGAUCUCAUUCUCUCCGGGGUGUUAGAUAUGUCUAAUAGCAAUGGUUAUGUUGGGGAAUCAAAGAACAAUGCCAAGCGAUGGAGCAUGAAUUGUGAAUCAGAGAUCACUUCUGGCACUGGAUUCUUCAAAGGAAAACAACUUAAUGGCACUGAACCUGCACCGAGCAUUGAGGUUUACGUUGCUGGCUCCUUCUCUGGAACACCAAUCAUCUUAACCAAGACCCUGCAGAUUGCUUUCCGAAAGAAGCACAAUAGGAAGAGCACUUUGGAUGCAAUUCCGGAGUAUGAAACAACUGAAAUGCCAAAAGAUGAGUCCGCUGAACUUGAUAUGGAGGUGGCAGAAUAUAGAAAUUACAAACCAGAAAAUGAGGAAGAGUAUGGCAUGUACUGGAGGAGGACAGAAUACGAUGGCGAAGAUGGUGAACUCUCAUGGUUCAAUGCUGGUGUGAGAGUUGGCGUUGGAAUUGGACUUGGCAUUUGUCUUGGAGUUGGUAUAGGGGUCGGUUUGCUGGUUCGUACAUAUCAAACAACCACUCGGACUUUCAAGAGGCGGCUAUGAUAUCUGUAAUCUGGACGUCUAUACGUCUAACUGCGUCCUUGUUUGACACGCGUCCUGGACUGAAGAUUUUGACAGAGUACUGUUUGUGUAGCUGACAGUUACAUGUUCCUUUUUCUUUGUGUUUUGCUCCCAUAAAACUAUUGUUGCGAGGUUUGUUUAGAAAGCUUGACAGGUAAUCUAGUUGUGUAAUGGAAAGGGAUGACAGUCUUUAAUACUGAACGAGUGUAUACAUGU